CCCUCUCUACAAUUCUAUCCUUACCCUCCAAGUUUUCUCGUUUUCCCUCCCUCCCCUUCUUGCAAAACCCUAAUUAUUAUUCCAUUUCAUGCUCUCACUCUUUUUCCCCUCCUUUCUUCGCUUCUUCCUCUCGCAUUUCCGGGUUCCUCCGUCUUCCCUCUCUCCCCCCCUCGGAUAAAGCUUGUGAAGGUUACUGUUUCUUGUCGCUAUUUUUGGGGGAAUGCAGAGAUCGCUUUGCAAGGAGCUGAACGCACUGGGCUGGAAGAAAUCAUUCAGCCGAGGGAUUGGUAUCACUGUGCCUAAGGCGAGAACACGCGACAAACUGAUGUGUAGGGUUUUCCGUCUCUAAGUUCGUCUGGAGAUUGAGCUCAGGUUGGUUGGAGACAAGAAAAAUCAAAUACAAUGACUCGCAUUCUGGUUCAGCGGGGUUCCUCUGGGAGUUCUUCUUCAAGCUCUGGUCGUUCUUCUUCCUCGCCUGGGUCUUCAUCAGCUCGAGCAGAGCCACAGGUUACCGUUCCUUCCGUUUCUUCAACCGGGAAAGAUGAGGACAGUGGAGAGGAGGCACAUGACCUAGUCGUUGGUGACGAGAUUACCGAGUGUCCUGGAACUGACGAUAGUAAGCCUCAAAGUGAUGACUUCUUAACGGAAAGUCUUCGUAAUGAUCAGAAUGACAUCUUAAGCAAUGAAACGAUCGAUAACAAGGCUGUUAAAGAGGAGGUUUCUGGCCUAGGAGAACUAAUAAAAGGGUUGAGUGGACUGAGAAAUUUAUCAGAAGAUGAGGUCUCAAAGGAGGAUUGUUCGCCAACUGCAAGUGGUAGCUCAUAUCCGCCACCUCCUCCUGUUCCACCUCCAAGACCUUCUGCUGCUAACUUGAAUUCAAGGAGAAAUGCGUCAGGAAAUUCAAAUUCUGUCCAUAUAGGAUCACCUAGAAGAGUAUCUGCUCGACCUGUUGUUUCAGCUAGGACUUCACCUGCUGGGUCCCGUCCAUCUUCUCCCAGGUCUCAUAAUGAGAAUGAGGGGUACAAUAGUGCUGACGAACAGAGUCCAUGCUUUGUAUCGUCAUAUGAUGAUUUAGAAAGAGAGCGACAGUUUGAAAUUGAUAUCAGAAGGGCAAAAGGUUAUGAAGUAAAAAGAAUGGUAGGGGAUGGAAAUUGUCUUUUCCGUUCAGUUGCAGAUCAGGUGUAUGGGGACCCUGAAUUGUAUGAUUUGACCAGACAGAUGUGCAUGGAUUACAUGGAGCGUGAAAGAGACCACUUUUCCCAAUUUAUCACUGAAGGCUUUAUGUCUUACUGUAAAAGGAAGAGAAGAGAUAAGGUCUAUGGAAACAACGUUGAGAUUCAAGCCAUGUGUGAAAUGUAUAAUCGGCCCAUUCACAUAUAUUCAUACAGUACUGAACCUAUUAAUAUCUUCCAAGGAAGCUAUAACACUGACAUGCCACCAAUACGAUUGAGUUAUCAUCAAGGGAAUCACUACAACUCUCUUGUUGACCCACGACUCUUGACAAUUGGUGCAGGACUUGGAUUCAGCUGCCUUAGAGGGACAACUGUAGACAAAGAUCAAGUCAAGGCUGCCAUCAAAGCUCAACAAGACCAGCAGAUCGAUAAUGCACUUAUGGCUGAGGGGCGGUUUUACUCUGAUCUUGAGCUCACAGAGAAGGAAAUAGAGCGUAUGGUGAUGGAAGUUUCUCGGGCUGAGUAUCUUGCAAAUGAACAGCUUGGCCGCAGAGGAUUCUCAACCUCAAAAGCAGAGCCGUCAUCUUCUGGCGCAAGAUCAUCUGGAAGUGAUGGCACGAUGGAUGGCGGAAAAGAGCUAGAUGAUACUGAUAUCAGCAGCAGUAUGCAGAUGGUGCUAUCGAUGGGAUUUAGCUAUAUGCAAGCGAUUGAGGCGUUUAGCAUAUUUGGGGAUGAUGUUGAUUCUGUGGUCUGUUACCUCUUGGAAACUGGCAGCAAGAGCAGACGAAAAGGCAAGGCCACCGAAUAAUUGGCGAUCCUAGUUUAAGUGGAUCAAUUCAAUUGUAGUGAACUUGUGAUAUCCCUCUCCUCAUCUCUUUUAAACUUUAGUCUUCAAAUGCCACCGCUUCAAUAAAUUUCCUUGUAGUAA